AUGUUUCAUGAUGAACGAUCCGCCACGAGCGAUAAUUUUGCCGGUUUUGUUGAAAAACGAGCAACAAAAUUGUCGACUACUGCCAUGUUAGAUCGUUUGAAAAAUUUUAUAUUAAAAACGUUACGUUUUGCUAUUCUAACGGGAGGAACAACAUCGGCAAUUUAUGCUCUACUAGCACUACCUCGACUUCUUGAAAAAGAGCAUACGUUGGAAAAUACCAUUCGCAAACGUUUAUCAUUAGAAAAAUUGAUUAGUUCUCAAAAUGAAGAAGAUGAGAUGAUGAAAAAAGCUGUUCUAGAAUUAAGAAGCAAGCAGAAAUUAUUGAAAACGUUGUACUAUAAAUUGAAUAGACAAGAAGCAAAUUUAAGUCAAACUGUGUAUAAAUAUAUCAAAGAAUGUGAAUGUGAUUCAGAAUUCUCUCAGCAACCACAUCAACUUCAUGUAAAUGACAGGGAACAAGAUUCAUCAACACUUGGCGCACACGACAACCAAGAGGAUUUAUUAAUAGAAGAAGUGGAUGAACAUCAUCGAGAGAAACAAAAUCAUCAAGCGGGUGAUGGUGGAAAAUAUGUCGUUUUACAAAAAUCGAUUACGGCCAUGCACAUUUCAUCUAUGACAUUCACAGACGAUACCUUAGCAAGUUUAACAGGACCAAUGAGAGAAAAGCAACAACAUAAUUUAUUAGCAAAAAUGUUUAAAAAAAAAUCAAAAUAUAUCGGAGCCAGUGGAGAUCAAUAA